GUCCCAUUAUGAAUGUGUCUCCAUAAGUGCUAUCCAAAUGGACGAUACGAAGAUUAUAUACCAUAUAGAUGAUGAAGAAACCCCUUAUUUAGUUAAAAUUGCUGUAUGUCCCAAUGCUGUUACCUUAGGGGAUUUCAAAAAUGCAUUAAACCGACCAAAUUAUAAGUUUUUCUUCAAGUCAGUUGAUGCGGAUUUUGGUGUCGUAAAAGAAGAAAUAGCAAAUGAUGAUGCAAGGCUGCCAUGUUUCAAUGGGAAAGUGAUUUCAUGGCUUGUUUCUGCAGAUAGCAGUACGAAGUCAGAUAACCACUCAACCGGCACAGGUGAAAACCACUUCUCUGGUCAGAAUAAAAGUUCAACAAACUUCAACAAAACUCCCGAAAAUAUCCACGGUGCGUCAAAAAAUGAAAUCCCCAGUGAACAAGAACAUGCCAUUGGGACAACAGGACAUGGUCUCGAAGAAUGUGAUACUUGCGUCGAAACCGACUCAGUUUAUAGUGGUGAUCGGGUUCCUCCUCUGAAAAAUUUUCAUAACUAUAAGCAUGGUUCACGCUUGGCUAAACUUGGUCAAAGAAUUCAGAACUAUGAAACUUCUUCGUCUAUGAUGAGUUCAGAUCUGGAAUCCACCAGCUUUUUCGAUUCAGAAGAUGAAUCAAGCCGAUUUUCAACAGCAACAGGUACAACAAUGUCAUCGGUUAAAUACGCAAGAAACAGAAGACAACGAAGGCACAGACGAAUUCUUCCAAUAAGACGCACCAGUGAGGAUGCUACUUCGUUUAGCAGUGUAACUGAUUCCACAAUGUCUCUCAAUAUAAUUACUGUAACUUUAAAUAUGGAUUCCGUGAAUUUUUUGGGGAUUAGCAUCGUGGGUCAAUCCAACAAAGCGGGAGAUGGCGGUAUUUAUGUAGGAUCUAUUAUGCGUGGUGGCGCUGUUGCACAAGAUGGUCGAAUAGAACCUGGAGAUAUGAUAUUAGAAGUAAAUAGAAUCAGCUUCGAAGAUAUGAGUAAUGAUGAGGCUGUAAGAGUUUUACGUGAGGAAGUUCAAAAACCUGGUCCAAUAACUUUAGUGGUGGCAAAAUGCUGGGAUCCCAGUCCAAAGAACUAUUUCACAAUUCCUCGUCAGGAACCGGUCCGCCCAAUCGAUCCUCGGGCUUGGGUCUUACAUACAAAUGCGAUGACUGGAGCACUUGGAACACCCGGAUUCGAUGGAAAUACACCUUUUGCAGGUUCAGGAUCACCUGCGACUGGAAUGACAAUGAUUCCUGGACAUUUUAUGGGUAUGACUCCGUCUACUGGAUUAUCCGUACCAUCUAUGCCUCCUGGUAUGCCUCAGUUAAUUCUACCACCUUCACUGGCUGGAAUCAAUACAAUCCCUUCGUCUAAUAUGACUAAUAAAUCAUUACCGGAAGUUGCUGACGGUGAUGGUCUAACUGGUGGGUAUCAUCGCAGCAGAGGUCCAGCAAGCAGUGGAGUUGUUGGUGGGCCAGGAAGUACGAAAACUAACGGUUCCCGAUCAGGAGGUGAGACAACUGUCGAUGCUAAAGGUACUCAGUCACUUAUUUCUGGUGCAAAUGGCAAAUCAUCCACGUCACUGACUGUAGCUUCUGAUAUGGCUUCUGUAGUUCAUGACAUGUUGAUGUCUGAUUCUGGUCUAGAAAUACGUGAUAGAACUUGGCUGAAAAUAACCAUUCCAAAUGCUUUCAUCGGUUCCGAAUUAGUUGAUUGGCUAUUCACACAUGUCGAUGGUUUUGCAGAUCGACGAGAUGCCCGGAGAUAUGCAUCUAAUCUAUUGCAUUAUGGUUAUAUUUGUCAUACCGUUAAUAAGAGUACAUUUUCUGAACAGUGUUACUACACUUUUGGAGAUAUAGCCACAACCUUAUCUCAUCUUAAUCUAGAUGAAGUAGAUUCAGUUUCUGAAAUUGGUGCUAAUUCUUCUCAUACAGGAGCUCAUCCUAUGAUGCCUCAAAUGUUUCCUCAUGUUCAUCAUGUGCUUCCGGACGCUCCUGGCAGUAGUUCAGCUACUGGUUUAUCAUCAGUACAAAAUCAAAAUGCUCCAUCUAAUCCUAAUCUGGGCUUAAUGUCAUCACCUGUACCUGGUGAAGGGAAUUCUCUCGCUCAGACUGGCUCUCAUUAUCCUUAUCCACCUGUACUUUAUCCUAUUCCAUCAACAGCUCCUAUAUCGUCAUCUGGUCCUUGUAAUGUUGAUACAAAUGGAAAUGAGUGUAACUUUGUUAACCCAAACUCAUUUGCUCUUCCUGGUCUUAGAAAUAGAAUGUCAAAUAAUGGUCAAAUGAGUGUGGAUUCUACCAUGUAUCCGGUAAAUACCACUACCAUGGCUUCUCAUACUCGUUCUGUUAUUCCUAACCAGACACAUGUUACGACUAUGAAUACUACAUCAAAUCAAAGGAUACAACAGCAGAAAGUAAAUAACUCUUCCUCAUCUAGUUCAUCUCGUUCUUCUGCAUCUUCAACAUCUUCCUCUUCUACCGGUUAUUCUGGUAACAGACAUGUACCUGGUCUAUCGGCUAACACUACUACUCAAACACUUAACACCAAUGUUCCUCAAAGUAUGAAUACACCAUUAGAUACCUCAGCUUCUAAAGGCCUUCCUUCUUUAAAUAAGGGUAUUCAACGACGUACUGAUCCAUCAAGUGUACAAAGUCUUUCCGUUUCAUCUCAGCCUUGUUUUUGUAUGCCAUUCAUUCGAAAAACUCUUCAUUCAUCAUCGCAUGCAAAUAAUAAUAAUAAUAAUAAUAAUAAUAAUAAUAAUAAUGCAUGUAAAGAAUUAGAUACACAACAACAACAACAACAGCAAGGAGAACAGCAACAAACACAACCAUGUCACACUAAAACCGCUAUGCAUGACCAUUAUUCUGAUCUUCAUGAACAAGAUUCUUCAAAGAAUUCAUUUUUACUAACAGAUGAGAAUAAUAACAAUAAUGAUAGUAAGACAACUGACAGUGUAUCAUUAGUUAGUACCACAUUGAUUACUGCUACUACUAAUACUACUGCUACAAAUGAUAGUCAAUGUAAAUCAUACUCAAUGAAAUCAUUAAACCAGGAAAUAACAAAAAAUAUUGUUGAUCAUGUACAAUCAACAGCAACGAUUGUUAGUGAUAGUAAUAGUAACAAUAAAGUAGUGAAUAAUUAUGACAAUCAUAAUUAUAAUACUCAAUUAUUUUUGUUGACAAAUCAUGACACUAUCAUCAAUAAUGAUCUUAGUACUGAACAUUUAUCAUCAAUAGAAGAUAAAAUACAUGAAUCAGGCACAAGCAGUACUAGUUCUGCAAGUCGUCAAAAUGGAACUGGUGCAAGUGCUGCCGGUAGUGGUAGUGGCAGUGCUGUAACUACACAUGUACUUAAAAAGCUAAACACUAAUAACAAUUUGACUAGUAAAUCUGAAUGUCCUGACAAUAUUCAGUCUACACAGCAUGGUAUGGAUUUUACUAAUACAUUUCGUCAAACCAAUUGUAAUUUAGUGAAAGAGUCAAACAAUAAACUGGAACUCAAUCAAUCAUUUAAUCAUACAAUGACAACUGGUGGAAUUCACAACAAUCAAAGAUAAAGUAGUCGAGGCAUUCAUCUAUGAAAAUAAAAUGACAGAUUACUACUAUCUCUUAUAAAUCGCUAAUUAAAGAAGUUCAGUUUGUUAACUAAUAAAUUGAUCACUUGUAGAUCUGUUUCAAUUUCUUCUGCCUGAAAAAAAAAACCCAGCAAAGAAUAAAAUGUUACAGUGGGCUAGACAUUCAUCUUGUUAUUUUCAAAUGUCUUGCUUGUUUCAAUGAAAUAUAUAUAUAUAUAUAUAU